UAACUGUGACCGUUUGUCGCCCCCCGGCCUCUCAUCACGGGCGGCGACAGUUUCACUUGCGAUUCCUCACGACUGACGGCUCCUGCUCCCGCCCCCGCUGGACCUGAAAAUUGGAGAAGUGGGAAACUAGUCUGGGAUGAACUGCUUGUUGUACGUGUCUUCCGCAUCGGUGUUUUCAAGGAAUCGACCUUUCAUCGUGAAGACUUCUUUGUAUGGCUAUCGUUGUUCAUCAUGGAAAAGAUCAAUACACCAUACUCGUAUUAAAGCCAUUAAUGUAGAUUUCAUGUUUACGAGGUUUCACGUUCAAUGUUAUUCCACUUGGCGUGGUGGGCGUCCAUCUCGCUCCCCAAAGUUGGACUGUGGAUCAUCCAUGGAGGAGAAGGACGCUUUCUAUAUUAUUCGCAAAGGGGAUAUUGUUGGAGUUUACAAGAGUAUAAGUGAUUGCCAGGCUCAAGUUGGAUCUUCUGUAUGUGAUCCGUCUGCUAGUGUUUUCAAAGGCUAUUCCUUGCCUAGGGAGGCUGAGGAGUAUCUUGUCUCGCGGGGACUGAAGAAUGCUACCUAUUCAAUUAGUGCUUUGGAUGUAAAAGAGGACCUUUUUGGCAAACUCAUUCCUUGUCCUUUCCAGGAACCAUCUUCUCCUAAGGCUAAUGAAUCCAAGGGCGAUUCUCCAAAAAUGAGAUUGCAGGAGAUGCUGGAAUCAGAUGGCAAUGUGGUAAGCUGGAAACAGGUUAUAGAUGGGUUGGACCCUGAAAGAAAGCAUAUCGAACUAGAAACUUCAGUUGCAGCACAGACAAUCUAUUCUAAAUGUGAGUCCUGUAUUCUUGAGUUUGAUGGUGCUUCAAAAGGAAAUCCUGGACAGGCUGGUGCUGGAGCUGUACUAAGAGCCGAAGAUGGAAGUGCGGUUUUCCAAGUACGUGAAGGUGUGGGCUUUGCAACCAACAAUGUUGCUGAGUAUCGAGCCAUCAUUUUGGGAAUGAAACAUGCUCUUAAGAAAGGGUUUAAAAAAAUUCAUGUGAAAGGCGACUCCAAACUCGUCUAUAUGCAGGUUCGAGGUCAAUGGAAAACAAAGAACCAGAACAUGUCUGACUUGUGCGAGGAAGUCAAGGAGCUCAAGGACAAGUUUGUGUCUUUCCAGAUCUCUCAUUUUGUUAGGAGCUUCAACUCUGAGGCUGAUGCUCAAGCAAACUUGGCUAUAAAUCUACAAGAUGGUGAAGUUCAAGAAGAUUGUGUCAAAAAGUGACUCAAAUAAUAGGAGGUAAAUGGAUCUCGGCUGCACAUCCUUUGUUGUUGGUAAAGAGAUGCAGUGCUUGCAUGAGCUUACAUUCCAGAUUUUAU